UACGUAUACAUCAGGAAGAGUUUCUUAACAGAAAGGUUGGUUAGUUGUCAGAACAGACUACACAGGGAAGUGUGGAGUUGCCAUCUUUGAAGGUAUUUAGGAGAUGUAUGGAUGUGGCACUAAGGGACAUGUUCUAGUGGUGUAGUGUAAGAUUUCUUUAUUUUAAAGGUCUUUGCCCAAAGUUGGAGUCAUACAGGAGCAUAACUAGAGAAUUCAACAUUUCUGCUCAGUGCUUAGGAUGGCUCUGCUCAGUGCAAACCCACACUCAGCUGUCUGCAAAACAGUUGAGUGUAGUGAUCAGCAGUACUAUACAAAAGAAAGCGGUUUAGAUAGAAAACUUUGCUUCUGCUUCUCUUAGGAGGAAAGCCUCUGUGCAUUUCUGUGGACUGUCUGUGUUGCGUGAAAGUAUUCCGCUUGUGUCCUCACUGUCAGUCUGGUACAUUUCCUCCAGCAGCCUCUGAAAAUUUGUGCAUGUGCUUCUAGCUCACUUGUGUGAGUGACCUGCAGGUUAGUGAUGUGGGUUUCUAUGAUAGGGAUUGCUUUUCUGGGUAGCUUUCCCUGCUACUCUCAGAAACAGCAAUACAGACCAACUGAAAUUAAAAGUUAAUUGCCCUGCUCUCAAAAAAAUGCUGAAAUCUAUCUGCUGGGAAUCAGUCAACAAGUCUAGUAUUUAAAGAGAAAUCCUUAAAAGCAUCAAAUGUCAUCACCAGGGAGGUAGCCUGUAUUUUGGAGUAAAUCUGAUCUUUUCCUUCUCUGAAAUUAAAUAAUAAAAUAUGCAGCACUUGAUGCUGUAAAUGAAAUCAAUGACCCCAGGCAAUGGCAGUGUCUAAUACAAUCAAGGAAUGAUAAUAGAGUCCUGCAGAGGCUGCGAAUGUUAAGCUGUUGGCACAGAAUGAAGCAGACUUGGUAAGACUAUUAUACUAGGGCAGUGUGUUGCAGUCCAGCCAGCAAAUUAAUGUGAAUAUGAAGAACUGCUUGCAGCUAGCAUAUGCAGACUUGUGCUGCCAGCUGUGUCUUUGUUUAAGUUGCUUCUAAAUCUAGAAGCAUUCCUAGUGAGAUAUAAUAAAGCUGGUGCUGCCAAGGUCUUUUUUGGUAGCAAAAUUUUUGCAAUACAUUUCAUCCUUAUCAUAAAGCUGAUUCUAGUGUACUAUGGCCAACUGCAGAGGCUGCAAAGCAGGUUUUAAUCUGAUUCUGAUAGGUCUGGGCAACCACCAGACAGAAUUGGCUUUCUAGGGAAACAGACCAAUAAAAGAAGGUGACAGAGUGGAGACACAGUCAAGUCUCCUUGUCUCACUGGUAAGUACUGUGGAGAGAGAUGGCUACUCUUUGAAAGUGCUAUAUUUGCUGUGUGCAAUCACAGACAUCCAGAAUUUGUGUGCUCUUGACCCACAGUAUAGAAUCCUGCUGCAAGUACCUUGCCUUCUUGAGUUUAUAACAGAGCCCGUGACGGCACAUGAGCUUUUUUUCCCUUUCAUCUGUACUAUCUGUAAAUUGCUCUUUUUCUCUAAUUUAUCUUUCAAGUUUCUGGCUCUGCAAGGAUCUGCAGUGAUUUGUUGUGUAACAGGGUCGCCUAAGUUCUCUGCGUCCAUUCCUUUCUUCUUGUUUUCUUUCUCCUUGCUUGAGAUAUGCUGUGCAUUUAUGCAAGGCUGUGGUCAGCCCAGUGGAAAAAGAUAUUUUGUUUGUAAGUUGGUCAGUAAGAAGAAUAGAAAAGUGACUCUACAGGUGUGAUGGGAUUUUUUUUAUUAUCUUGUGAGAUGGUGAGAGUAUCAUCAAUGGAGGUGAUGGCUAAGUUUCCCAUGCAGUGGGCAGAAUACAUGAUUCCAAUCAUUUUGAGCUGUGUUUAAGCAUUUAAUACAAAAUCUAGGAAUACAGCGUUGAUCAUAGUGCCUCUUUGUGCCUGUGACUUCCCAGACAGUACAGGUCUGGGAGCAGACCAGGUUGUUCAUGACUUUAUCCAACUGGGCCUUGAAGACUCCAAAAAAUGAAGAUUGCACAAUUUUGAGGAGCUGCUUCAAUGAAUGUUUAUCUGUGAAAAACAAUUUUCCCUAAAGCUGCUGGCCUACGCAGAUUCAUUGGUGAUCAGUGGCACAUGCAGAACAUCCGCAAAGACUCUGUGGAAAGCUCUGAUGAUGAGUUUUUUGAUGCUCGAGAAGAGGUGGUGGAAGGAAAAAGUGCUAUUCUCAUCGGCAUGAGCCAGUGGAACUCAAAUGACCUUGUUGAGCAGAUAGAAACAAUUGGGAAGCUGGAAGAAAAUCAAGGUGAAGAAUCUGUGUUUUGUUCAUCAGGCUUUCUACAGGAAAAGCAACGUGAAUUAUAUCAUGCCUCAUUAAGAAAACAAAGGAUACCUGCACAAGGCAGUAUUGAAAUACAUGAGGACAGUGAGGAAGUAGUUCAACACCAGAAAUGCAAAACUCGUGUGCUAAUUCUGAUCCUACAUGGAGGGAAUAUCUUAGACAAUGGGGGAGAGGAUCAAAGCAGCAAGCUGGCGGACAUCAACACCUUCUGUUCUGUCUUUGAGAAGGUGACACAAGACCAUUUCCCUGCUGCUUUGGGCCACAUCUUAAUCAGACUUGUUCCCUGCCCAGCAAUCUGUUCAGCAGCUUUCUCUCUUGUUUCCAACCUAAAUCCUUACAGCUAUGAUGAAAGCUGUCUCAGCAGCAGUGAAGACCACAUCCCGCUGGCUGCUUUGCCCUUGCUGGCUGUUUCAUCCCCUCAGUACCAGGACGCAGUUGCCAUGGUGAUCAGUAGAGCAAACCAAGUUUACAAUGACUUUCUCAAAUCUACAGAUGGAGUUGGGUUUAAUGGGCAGGUGUGUCUCAUUGGUGACUGCAUUGGAGGCAUUUUGGGGUUUGAUGCCAUUUGCUAUAAUACUAACAGAACUGAUGAGAGUCAGAACAGUAGCAGGAGAGGAAGCAUCAGCAGCAUCCAGGAUAAUCCCCUUUUAACAGAGGACUCCAGUCUGGGUGGCAGAAAACACCUGAGCAAAAGCAAUAUUGACAUCUCAGAAAUCAUGGAGGAUGAAGAGCCAAGACAGCUGUUGCCUAGGAAACAGAGUGACUCAUCCACCUACAACUGUGAUACUAUAACAAAUCAUCAUGCUUUCCUGUCUAGCAUCCGCUCAAGUGUGCUGAAAGAUGACGCAGACUUUCUUCCUGCGAAUUCCAGUCUCUCAGAUGUAAACCUGGGCCGGUUUGAUUUUGAGGUGUCUGAUUUCUUCCUCUUUGGAUCACCACUUGGUUUGGUGCUGGCCAUGAGGAGUACUGUUCUGCCAGGUCUGAAUGUUUGUCAGGUUCGCCCAGCCUGCAGCCAGGUGUACAGUUUCUUUCACUCUGCUGACCCAUCUGCCUGCAGACUUGAACCAUUGCUGGAGAAAAGAUUUCAUCUCCUGCCUCCAUUCAGUGUUCCACGAUACCAGAGAUACCCACUGGGGGAUGGAAGAUCUCAUCAGUUAGGUGAUGCUAUCCAGAACUACAGUGCUCUGUUCCUUGAGAGCAGCUCUUUGAACAUAACUCACUCUCAGGAGAGUUCUGAAUCUAUGAACACAUCUCAGAAACAAGAGAGAAGGUUGAGCUUGGCCAGCACAAACAGUGAAAACUCAGGAUCAGCAGAGAGCUUGUCAUCAGCAUGCCUCACCAACAUUACUGCUAAGUGGUGGGGAACAAAGCGAAUUGAUUAUGCCUUGUAUUGUCCAGAUGUCCUGACAGCAUUUCCAACUGUAGCCCUGCCACAUCUUUUCCAUGCCAGCUACUGGGAAUCAACAGACGUCGUGGCAUUCAUUUUAAGACAGGUGAUGAGAUAUGAAAAUGUAAAUUUCAAAGAAAAUGAUAGCCUGGAUCCCGCAACGCUAAGCCCGUCCAAUCCACGAGAAAAAUGGCUACGCAAAAGGACACACGUCAAAUUGAGAAAUGUGACUGCUAAUCAUCGGGCAAAUGAUGUAAUUGCUGCAGAAGAUGGUCCUCAGGUACUUGUUGGGCGCUUUAUGUAUGGACCUCUGGACAUGGUAGCUUUAACAGGUGAAAAGGUUGAUAUCUUCAUAAUGACUGAACCAUCUUCUGGUAGGUGGGUCUAUUUUGACACAGAGAUAUCCAACAGCAGUGGCCGGAUAUCCUACAGUAUACCCAAACAGAAGAGACUGAGAGUUGGUGUAUAUCCCAUCAGAAUGAUUGUCAGAGGGGACCAGAGCAGCGCCACAAGCUACCUGACUGUGCUUCCCCGAGGAAUGGAAUGCGUUGUGUUCAGCAUUGAUGGUUCAUUUGCAGCAAGUGUUUCAAUAAUGGGAAGUGACCCCAAAGUCCGAGCUGGGGCUGUCGAUGUUGUGAGACAUUGGCAGGACCUAGGAUAUCUGAUUAUCUAUAUUACUGGCCGUCCAGAUAUGCAAAAGCAGCGUGUGGUUUCAUGGUUAUCUCAACACAACUUCCCUCAAGGAAUGAUCUUCUUCUCUGAUGGACUUGUUCAUGACCCACUGCGACAAAAGACUAUUUUUCUAAGGAAUCUCAUGCAAGAGUGCCACAUCAAAAUCUGUGCUGCAUAUGGUUCGACAAAGGAUAUUUCCGUUUACAAUGUCUUAGCUCUGUCGCCAUCCCAGAUCUACAUAGUUGGACGAUCGACAAAGAAAUACCAGGCACAAUGUCAAUUCCUCAGUGAGGGUUAUGCAGCCCACUUGGCUUCACUGGAGUUCAGUCUUCAUUCACGACCUAAAAAGAACAACUCUCGGAUGAUCUUGAGAAAAGGCAGCUUUGGCCUCCACUCUCAACCUGAAUUUUUGCGCAAGAGAAACCAUCUCCGCAGGACUAUGUCUGUACAGCAACCUGAUCCACCUUCUUCCAACCCCAAACCAGAGCGUGCCCAGAGCCAGCCCGAGUCAGACAAAGAUCAUGAUAGGCAUUUGCCUUCCAUUGCUUGGGUUAGGGGUGGAGUCCACAAAUUUGAAUCUGUUCCCUAGGAAGCCUGAGGCUGUAGAUUUUGGGUGUCCUUCAUUUAACUUGUAAUCAUGCCUCAAAAGGUAAUAUUUAGGCAGCUUCAAACUAGGAGGUGUAGAGGGGAAACUGUACCUCAGAGUCUUCCCUGCUCUGAAAAAUGCCUUCUUACACCAACCAGAGAACUUCCAGUUUUGUGACGUAUUGGGAAAUUUUAAAACAAUCUAAAACUAUCCCAAGUGCUUAAGCAUUAAAGCAACAGGAAAAAAAAAGUCUUCAGUUACUUUUUACAACAGAUACAAUGAAAUGUGCAAUAAGAGAAAAAGCUGCUACAGACUUUUUACGCAAAAGGAUUGUAGUAUUAGCUAACUAGCUGCACCCAAAACAAUAUAAACAGUAGACCCCUUAGGUUACAGAGAAAGUUUACACUU